UACAAAAGAUGGCAGCCUCCAGCUGAUUCUCCUGGCUGCUGUGAGAACUAAUUACCAGUGAUUAUUAAAGAAUGUUGUGCUUUCGUAGGCAGAUUCGCAGUUAUAUCGGCACAUGUCGUCGAUAUUGUUCAAGAAAUGUUAGAGAUGGCCAAUAUUGUUUGGACCUUGUGAGGAAACAAGAUUAUGAAGGAUUCCUUGUAUCCCUCCUCAUGCCGGAAGAAUCACGCUCUGCUGCAAUCACUCUUCGAGCUUUUAAUGCCGAGUUAGCUUCAGUCAGGGAUUCCGUCUCCAAUGUUCACAUUGGAAAACUAAGACUCCAAUUUUGGAAAGAUGGUCUGGAAAACAUCUAUGCAGGAAAACCUGCACAUCAACCUAUUGCCUUGGAGCUCUUCAAAGCAGUCAAUAGACACAAGCUAUCAAAGAGAUGGUUAUCACGCAUGAUUGAGGAAAGAGAAAAGACGUUGGAGGAUAAACCUUUUCCAAGUGUUGCUGAUGUGGAAAGCUAUGCAGAGAAUACCUCUUCAUCAUUGCUCUACCUCACACUACAAUCAUUAGGCAUUCACGAUGUUCACGCAGACCAUGCAGCAAGUCAUAUAGGGAAAUCGCAAGGCAUUGUAAACCUACUCAGGGGGAUUCCCCUACUAGCUCAGAGAAGGGAUGUGCUCAUCCCAAUGGAACUUACUAUCAGGUAUAACUUAUCGCAAGAGGAUGUAAUCCGUGGGAACAGGAGUCAGGAUAUGAAAGAUUUGACCUAUGACCUUGCCAGUCUUGCAAAUUCACACCUUAAACAUGCUCGUAAGCUGAAGAAAGAUGUCAUACCGGGUGCUUUCCCAGCAUUCCUUGCCACUGCUCCCAUUGAUUCUUACCUAAAGAGAAUUCAGCAAGCAGACUUUGACGUCUUUCAUCCGUCCCUGUCAAAGAGGUAUCCUCUCCUUCCGGUUAAAAUAUGGCUGCAGAACUACAGGAGGACUUUCUGAAUUUACUAUCAUACAGAAUGACUCUAUAUCAUGAUCUUAAAAAUGUAUGAUUUGGGAUCUUUUGGACAAGGGAAAUUGUGCUACGAUGAAAAUAACUCUGAAAUCUCGAAGAUCAUUAAAAUGGCCAUGGAAUCCCACCUAUGUCUUCAAUCAGAUAUUACAGGAGGCUACAAGGAAAGUAAACUCCACUAAUAAGAGGAGAAAAUGGUCGGCCUGAUUGAUCAAGUCUUAUCAAGUGACCGUUCCAAGUUGUAAGAUUCUUUGUACUGUUAUAUAUGUUGAAAGUACUGCAAUCUAAUCUUUGACUCUGUAGGCCCAAAUUCACAAAAGUG